GAUUUCCAAACCCGAACCCCUUUUCAGCUCCACAAACCCUAGAAACUCAGAUCUGGGGUUUCAAUGGAUGAAUCCCAAAAACCCCCAGUCCCAGGAGGCCCUUCUCUGAUAAAGCUCUUAGCAUCCUGCAACACCACCAUUAGACAAAGAUCCCUCAAGCUCAUCACGUCCACUUGGCUUCCUUCCCAACCCCAACUCUCCGAUCACGACAUGAAGAAGCUAUGGAAAGGUCUUUUCUACUGUAUGUGGCACGCCGACAAAGCUCAAUCACAGUCCGAACUUGUCACCCGUCUCUCUUCUCUGAUUCUGAACCUGGAUCUUCGUCUCUCUCUGCAUUACUUCUCCACUUUCUUGUUAACCAUGCGCCGUGAAUGGCCCGGCAUCGACCACCUCAGGUUAGACAAGUUCUACCUCUUAAUUCGUAGUUUUGUGCGGUCUAUUUUUGGUUUGUUUAAAAAGAACAACUGGGAUUUAGAGCUUUUGAGAGCUGUAAUGAGUAUUUUGAAAGAUAAGGCUUUUUUGGCGGACGAUAAGGUGAUGGGAAAUGGGGUUAAUUAUCAUAUAGUAUCUGUUUUUCUGGACGAAUUUAGGCCCUUCUUGCCUGUUAAGCUCGAAAUGGUUGAGAUUUUGUUGGAACCUUUUUUUGCUGUGAUGGGUAAGUCUCAGGAUAAGAUUUUUGUCGGUAAGGUUAAGAGUAAUGUGUUUGAUGUGUUAUUGAAAACGGGGAGGAGUUUGUUGGGGAGGAAGAAGUCGGGGUUGGAUGGCGAUGAUGAGGUUAAGGAUGAAGUGCUUGGGAUGAUAUCAUUGAAAUUGGGGGUUUCGGGGAAAUUUUACGAACUGGGUUCGAGGGAGGAUUGUUUGCAGGGGAAUAGGAAGGUUGUAUUUGUUUUGCAUGAGGAGUUUUUGAGGUUGGAGAAGGAUUUAGAGUCUUCUGGAGUUGAAAUUCUGAUUCCUGAGGUUAAAAUUGAUGAUGAUGAUGAUGAGGUGCCGAAGUUGAUUCCUAUUGUUAGUAAUGGGACUGAAAGGGAAGGUGCUUCUGAGGUUAUAAUGGAAGGAUGUGAAGUUGACCUAGAAGGUGUGAGUGCAUCUAAUAGUAAGAAGAAGAAGAAGGAGAAGAAGGGCAAUAAGGGUUUGAUUGGGGGUAAGAAAAAGGCUACAAAGAAAAAGAAUGGGCUUUCUGAAAAUUGCUUAACCCUUGAGGAAAGUGAGAAUAUGGUUACUGCAGAUGGUGAUAGUCCAAGCACCGGACCAGAUAAUGAUGGUAAUUUGAUAACUUUUAAUGAAUCCGUGAUUUCAAAUCUUCAGAUGCAGUUCGAAAAAGUAGCUGCUGAAGUUGGCAUGGACACGGAUGAGAUAAGUUCAUUCGAUUCCACUGUAGUUACCAUGAAAUGUACUGCCUUGAAGAAGAGAAAGAGAGCUAAGAGUAAGGAUAGGAAGGGCUCUUCCAACCCUGACCUGACUAGUCAAGCUGAUACUGGAGGGGAUUCUGCUUUAAAGAGUGUAGACAAGAGUGCAAAGAAGGUUAGGUUUUCCAUGAAGAAUAACUUGGUGUGGAAGCCACACAGCCCAAUGCCUCCCCAAAGUUUGAGAUUACCACCCUCUGUUACUCCUAGAGGUAGUGCUCUCAAGAAAGGGAUACCUCCAGGUCCCAUUAGGGAGAUGCCUCCUGCAAAGAAAAAGGUGAAGCAGAAAAAGAAGGUCCGAAAGGUAAUGAAGACAGUUUCGCCUGCCAUCAAACGACUGCGGAAACUACAUGCUCUUUCUGUCUAACAGAUUCAGGUUGGUGGAUCUUGUUUUUGUUGAUUAAGUUCAAGUUUUUCUUUAAAUGGUCGAAUCUUCUGAUUCAUGGUGCUGUUUCUUGGCUAAAUUGCCUUGGAUGGAAGUUCUACAGAUCUUUGUAUUUUAUUCUUGAUUCCUUAAAUUAAAAAAUACAUUCGAUGACUGAGAGAGAGUAUAUGCUCUUGAAUGAACAGCAUAUUAAUGAUUCUCAGCAUAUUUCAUUGUUUGUGUUUAUUUUUUCUGCGGUGCUUAUCAUAAUUUUCAGAUUCCCUUUUGUAUCGGUGCCAAAUUGGAAAGCUACCUUUGCCCCCAUUUAGAUAUGAGCUAUCAGUAUCUCUUCUUAUAACACUAAAACUUGUUAUUGAUGCUAUGUUAUUAGCUCCUUCUAUUAUGCUAUUCAUCUAUCUGCUAUCUAUUUGAAGAGUUGACCAGCUU